AUGGCUACCAUAUAUGGAAGUACAUCCGAAAGAGAAUUUGAUUCUGAAGAGGUAUUUUAUGAUCUCUCUCGCUCUGACCUUGAAUCUUUCUUAUCAGAAUCUAUAAGCUCCUACCAUAAGCUUCGACAUAAAUUCAAGGCUUUAAAGAAGGUCCUUGAAGAAACUGUUGAAGAAUAUUUAGAGAUAACACUUGCAGGUUCUGACAAAAAGACUAAAGAAUCCGAGGAAGCUGAAAGGGGAACACCAAAAGCAACUGGAAUCUCAACCUUACAGAAAAGAUUAAGAAAUAGACUAAAUGUUUCUGAAGAGUUGAUUCUAGGAAAUAAGGAUGAACUUGUCAGAACAAGGUCUACAUUCAAAGUAUCUGAGGAAACCCCUUUGGGAGAAGCUGGAGAGAGGCUAGAGGCUCAUCUGACCAGAGAGGUAGAAGAGAGAGCUCACAGAGAAGUAGAAGAAAAUGCUAGAUUGGAAGUAGAAGAGAAAUCCAGAAGAGAAGCUGCAGAAAAGGUCGUCGCUGAGGCUGCUGCUACUGUUGAAGCUGAAGCCAAAGCCAAGGCUGAAGCUGAAGAAGCAACAUGCAUUGCUGCCGAAGAAGCUGCCAAGGAAAAGGACAUAGGUCUGACUUAG